GGCAAACUGGUCCAUAAGCGCUUGGAUCUUGGAUGUUUGCCACCUGAGUGUUAGUUAUUCAUAUAUGGACACGAAAAUCCUGCGCUAGGAAAUUCUCACGAUUUUCCAGACAGAUCUCUGCCAGGGCUACCUUAAAGUGGAAGACUUGGAAUUUCAAGAUUUUAUUAUAUUGCAAAUUGUAGACAAUGGGCUACAAUUGUCGGAAGGAGAGUCGUUAGCUUUAAUAACUGGAAUGAGGAACUCGAUGCAAAACUUUAUGCGAAAAUCCGGAAGAGACGCUAGUGAAAACUUUUAUUUUAAAUGUUUUGCCUUACAGGUGUGCGGUAAGAAACACGUAUCUCAUAAACGCAGUGUUAAGCAUAUCUUUGUGGCUAAGAUUUUGCGGAUCUCAUUGCCCGUAAUCGCGAACUAAAAAUACGAAACGUUAUCUACUCAACUAAAACAGGAAGCGCCUCGCCAUUAAAAGGAAAUAACUCAGAAGUCGUAUAACUGCACUAUAAUACAAGGCAUCAAAUGAGCAGCUACAGCGUGUACAGCUUCUUCCCUCACACAUCCACCAUGCCUAUCGAAGUGGCCAUGCCGCUGUAUUUGUCAAGAGAUGACUUCAGCCACCGGAGGGCGGCGAAGAGGGAAAAGCCCCUGCGACCCAACCUCCGAGUGAAACAUCAGCCCCUCCAACAGCAGCCAGCGGAGGCCAGCAUCCCCAUCACAGACCAGGGCAGAGCCAAGAAGCAGGUGUCCUUUGCUGACCACAAGGGCCUGGCCCUGACCAAGGUGAAAGUCUUCUCUGAGUUCGACGACCCCAUCGACAUCCCCGUCAACAUCAAGGAGCUGCUCAGCUCGGUGGCCAGCCUGUCCCUGGAUGAAGACAAGCUGAUCCUCGACUUCAGUCAGCCAUCGUCGGACUACCUGCUCUUCCGGCAGCGCCUGGAGAGUCAGCGAGUGUGCCUGGAGCACUGCACUCUGAAGGAGAGGGCCCUGGCGGGCACUGUCAAGGUGAAGAACCUGUCCUUUGAGAAAUCGGUCAAGGUGCGCAUCACCUUUGACACCUGGAAGAGCUACACGGAUGUGGAGUGCCAGUACGUAAAGGACACAUAUACGGGCACCGACCGCGACACCUUCUCCUUCGAGGUGAGCCUGCCCGACCAAGUCCGGCCGCACGAGCGCAUCGAGUUCGCCAUCUCCUACGAGGCCAAAGGCCACACUUACUGGGACAGCAACCAGGGUGAGAACUACAGGAUCAUCCAGUCGGCGCUGAAGAAUGGGUCCCAGGACACCUCCCAGAGCGGCUACCAGCAGCAGGGCCUCAGCGACUUGGGAAUCCACUUUGACCCCUAUGGUAGCCCUCGGUGCUCCCAUGGGAUCUUCCCAGAGUGGCCAAGCUACGCAGGAUAUGAAGAAAUCGGGCCCUACUAUUAAUAAGAUUUCUGAUUGUCAGCAUCCAGGUUUAAGAAUGGGUAAACUUAAGUUCCCUCCUUGUGGGAGGUCUAACAGGUAAGGGACACGCAGAGUGAAACGUGGUUUUGGGAGCAAUGCUGAAUGGCCACGCAGCCUGACGUGGACAUUACUGUUGAAAGUGCACAGCACUGGACAGCAGCAAACUCACCAGAGCCUCAGGACCAUAAAAAAAACAUACUGGAAGUGGGAGAGGCUUAUAAUAAGACUAAGAAUUUAUGCCACUUUACACAGUGCAAUACCGUAAAUUAUGAGAAUGUGGGAACAUGCAAUGAAUAGCCAGUAUUUAAUGACUUCAGGAAAGCAAAUGUUUCACACCAUAAUACAGGAUCAGCAGUCCAGCUGUUGAAAAUGCCCCUGGCCUUCUCUCUGUUAUUGCAAAGGAUUCGUAGAGUGAGAGAGAGAGAGUGUGUGUGUGUGUGUGUGUGAGAGAGAUCAAGCAAGAAGUUUAUUCUACUUUGCCUUUCUGUCUGCUGCUAUUAUCAUUGAAUGCAUGUAGCCCCUAGAGUGAUGACUGAUAUUGUAUGUUUCACAGUAAAUAGUAUUGCUGUGUGAGUCCCAAAGAUGUCUUCCGUGUGUUAUGGAAUAUUGUUUCAGGCGGGACUGACCCUAGUAGGGGAUUUAAAAUGCACCCAGUGCUCAGGUGGCAUGUUCACCAUUUAUGACGACUGAUUAAGAGAACCUUGAUUCCCGUUUUGUAUAACAGCUCAGAAAUCAGGCGUGAACUUUCAUCUUUUAAAAAAGAAUAAGACCCAUGUCACACGUCACAUGUCUUGCUUUUUAUACAGUGGAAUGGAAUGGGUCUGCAAAGGUGCAGCUUUGUGUGGGUGUGACAGGAGACCGCAAUGCAGACCCGUAUCUGGGGAGUGUCAACUCUCCUGCAGAAAGUGAAACUAGACGAAUGAAUAAAGAACUGUACAGACCAGCCUCAAUGGAUCUUUCAUAAAACAGUCCUGAUGAAAGCAUGCAUGUUCAGCACAUCACCUGUCAUGGAUAUUUGCCUUAGCCUUUGAUACAGACUUCCCAGACUUCAAUUUCAGAUGGAUUUAUGUUAAUUUGAUGGUGACCAUACCCUUUCUCCAAUACUGUUUGCUUCAACUGCCACUCAGUCAGCAAAUGUUUUAUGAUCUCAACUCUGGGAGGAAGUCCAAUGCAAUUAUAUACAUGAUUUUGAAUAAUGUAAUUUUGUAAGGCAAUGUAAGGCAACAUGCAUGUGUGACUGCUCUUAAGGUUGCAUGGACUUGAGUGCUCAGUUUUUUCCGCUGUAGAAUCUUAAUGUUUUCCUGUGAUUUCCGUUUCAUUUUGGGUUGUGAGCAUGAAAAAUUCAGCAGCUGUUAUUGGUUGCAUAUGAUCCUGUAAUGUGAAACAUUGUCAACUGCUGUAAGAUAUAUUUUAGAUAUCCAUGUUUGGUGAUUUUUGAAUGUCCUUCACUUUUUGUCCUGUGAUGUAUCAUCAAAGAAUGAUCUGCUUGGGUUUCCUAUCUGCACUUUCCUAUCUGCACAAACAGAUUGCAAAAAGUAGAUUUUUAAGGAAAAUGCCUUUAUCACAAUGUAAAUAUGCUACUGAUACAUAUCUGCAUUCUUUAAAGGUGAGUUUAAAAGUUAAUUUUCACAAUACAGAAUUUUAGUUUGUUUUUGGUGGCUUUUGCCAUUUUCACAACUUAAUUGAUGUCACCGUGUCAGACCUGCUGAAGUACUCAGUUCAGUGUAUUCUUUUAAACUAGCAUUAAGAAGGAGGACUGCCACAACUUUGUCCAGAACAGAGUAUUUGUAACACUGUUAUAAAAUAUUACAUUAUUAUAUUUGAAAAAAGAAAAAAAUUAUACUUGUAAAAAUUUGUAAAAUUCAUUUUAAGGCCCAAGACGUUAGCGCAGUUGUGUAUAUUCGUUGUGAAUAUUUUUUUAUGUCAGAUGAUGUGCAAUUAAUAGGAAUGUGAAGUUCAAAUACCAGGUUCAAAAAAGUGUUGGUUUUAGAUGUGUUUGUUCAAUUUUACCACAAUGACUGUAAAGCAUGUUU